AUGACAUCGAUACAUCAGCGAAGCGACAGCCAGGUCAUGGCAUCUCUUUACUUAUACGACCCUUCACUGGCUGCCGCAUGCGUCUUCAUCGCCCUAUUCUCUUCAACUCUUGCCGCUCACGCGAUUUUUCUUUACAAGAAACAAACCCGCUUCUUCAUUCCAUUCAUCGUCGGCAUCAUCUGCGAAAUCCUUGGUUAUGUUGCACGUGCCAUAUCGGCAGCUCAAACCCCGAAUUGGCAGGUAAUGCCAUACGCACUGCAGUCUCUCAUGCUGCUCAUCGCCCCGUCGUUGCUCGCAGCUUCUAUCUACGGCAUGCUAGGUCGCCUCAUCAUUCUAUCAAACGGCCAAGACUACAGCCCGGUCAAGCCGACAAUUCUUACGAAAGUUUUCAUCACGAGUGAUAUCCUCUCCUUUCUGGUACAGAGCGGAGGUGGGGGUAUUCUCACCAAUGCCAAGUCGCCGAGCAAGAUUCAACUGGGAGAAAACGUCAUCAUUGUUGGUCUUUUCAUCCAGCUCGUUGGCUUUGCUCUUUUCAUUGCCGUCACAGCAGUUUUUCAUUGGCGCGUUUCUCAAGACAGAGGUCAGAAUCUGAGAUACGCUGCCUCAUGGGAGAAGUUUCUUUGGGUCUUAUACGGCGUUAGUGUACUGGUCUUGAUCCGUUCACUUUUCCGCGUCAUUGAGUACAUCCAAGGCUAUAAUGGAUACUUGCAAACCACAGAGGUGUUCCUCUACGUCUUCGACGCGGCUCUUAUCUUUCUCGUCACUUUCAUACUAGCUGUGUUCCAUCCCAGCAGGGUAAUGACCGUGGGUGAAGACGGAAACGUCAUUUCCGCCGAAGGAUCACAGGAGUUGAGAAGUUUCGUGUCAUUGGGAACCUCCAGCGCUCAAGAUCUGAGUGCAAGGUGGGCUCCCAAGAGUACUCAUGAGAGAGAAUAUGGUGGUCACUGA